CGUUGACCCUCACCAUCGCAUUAGAUAGGGUCCCUUUAGUGUAUGGGUACGAUAGGAGCACGCUUCUCUCAUAAACGCGCCUAUUCAUCAUGGACACUUCUACUUCGCCGCAAACACUGUUCAGCGAUGCACAGCUAAAUCCACCGGUUGGAAAUCAGAAAUCUAGUAAUAACAGACAGCGCAUAGUUACCUCAUGUUUAACCUGUCGCCGUCGCAAGGUCAAGUGCGACCAUAAACAGCCUGUUUGCUCAACCUGUGAGAGAGGUAAACACCCAUGUUCCUAUAUUAAAUCACAACCAUCCCCGCCAUCGAGGCCUCCUGCAACAAUCAAUCGCACAUCCCGACCCAGGCCUCGCGAUGGGCAGGAUGAAAUUCGAAAUCGCCUGGAAAGGCUCGAAAAGCUUUUGGAGCAAGCAAUCGCAGGUGGCAAUGGCAUGUCUCAACCAUCUCCGUCUGGAGUACUGGACAGCCGAAUGGAGACGUCUGGUAAUGGCGACCAUAGAGUGGCUUCGGUUGUCACACCGACUCCAAACAAUAGAAGCGAGACUCUGUCGAUUGAUGGUUACGAUGGAGCUUUACUACUAGAGGCUGAAAACGGCCAAUCGCGCUGGGUCUCUUCGCUUCACUAUGCUCUCUUGGCCGAUGAGAUCAAUGACGUGAAAAUGCUACUAGGCAACCAAGCAGCGCCUGAUGCUACAGAUUAUCCAGUAUUAGAGCAAGCAAAUACCUCAUUCUUAUUUUCUACUCCGUCUGUGGACAGCCUUGCACCUUGGUUACCCACGACUGCAGAAGACUGUACGACUCUAUUGGACAUAUUCUUCCUUAAUGUGGAUCCAAUGACACGGCUCAUCCAUAAACCCUCUCUCAAACGCCGAUUUAUGCAGUAUCUCUACUAUACGUACGGUACGAUUUCUCAAAUUUCUAGCGAGGAAAUAGAUCUAUCUGUCCAAGCUCCUAGUUUCCGUUCGUUUGAACCGUUAGCGUUGGCAAUCUUCCACUCUGCGGUGAACAGUAUGUCACCUGAAGAUGUUGCAGAGCGCUUUUCUGCAGAUAAGAAGACUUCACUUGCUCAAUUUCAACGAGGAGUUGAAUUUGGAUUGGCAAGAGAGGAAUUCCUGACCACGGCCAGCAUUGAAGUUCUUCAGGCGUUUGUUUUACUUUUGACCUGCCAAUCGCGAGAAGAUGACAUGUCGAAAACUUGGACGCUCCUUGGCCUUGUCCUCAGAAUUGCUCUCUCGCAAGGCCUCCAUAGGGAGCCCUCUCUAUUUCCUUCAGACAAUAUGGACGUUGUGCAAGUAGAGCUUCGUCGCAGAUUAUGGCAUCAGAUAUGUCACUUGGAUUUCAGAUCUGCCGAAGGCAAAGGCCAGGAACCAACAAUAUCAGACGACGACUACACCACUUUACUCCCACGCAACGUCAAUGACGAGGACCUAAUUGAAGGGCAAUUCCCAACUGGCGAAGGAUACUCAAAUCCUGGAUUUACUGACAUGACAGGGCAGCUGGUUCGUCUGCAUGGCAUUCAUUGUUUUAGGAGAAUUGUACGAAGCACUUACCGCCUAGAGCGCCGGAUCAAAUCCUCGACCACCUUGGGGAAUGGUGUUGUUAAUUCGAUAGCAGAAUUUCAAGCAUUGUUCACAGAAGUUCAUACGAUGGUGAAUGAAAUGGUCACACAUAUCCAGACGGAAUAUUUGCAGUAUUGUGACCCUCAGGUGCCUGAACAACGACUUUCGCUUGGACUGGCCGCGAUCAUAGAAUGGAGAUGCUGGUCUAUAUUUUGGCUUCGGAUACCACAACAGUAUCGUGAGGCCAUUGUUUCGCCUGAGAUUCGUACAAUGGUCUUGGCGAAGUCGGUCAGUUUGAUGGAAAGUAUGAAUCAGAUGCCAGAUGACAAAGAUGCAAAGCGAUUCCAAUGGCAUAUUGGCGGUCAUGCAUGUUUCCAAGCCAUCUUGCACAUCGUAUCUGAACUCAAAACCCCCGAGUUUCAGAGUCCUAACCAUAUUGUGCUUCGAACUCGCGCCUUAAAUACGCUUGAAAGGACGAAAAAGACGAGAGAACACGAAUCUCGAGGGACUUGGCAUGUGAUAAAUCGUAUUAUUGUCAACUUUUUGUCCAAGAAUUCACCCAGUACAUUCCCUCUAACACCAUUCCCCGACAUUAUGGGAAUAUUGCCUGAUGCAAGCCCGGGAACAAUGGGAACAACUCAGCCACCCCAGACAAUGCCUGUAUCGCUUUCUACUCAAGAGAUAUCGGAAGAUACUAAUUUAGCCCCUCCAUCACUGGACCUGGCAAACUUCGGAAGUCUGGAUAUGCAGGACCCUUCUACGGCAUUUGACUGGGGAUUCUGGAAUCUUGACGUAUCCACCUAAUAUCCUACAAAAAGGCUUCUGAGAAAAACAAAAAUGGGAAGGAUUGAGAUGCGGGCCAAAAGUUGUCGUCGAAAUUCAUGAAUAGAUUUUUCUACAGUCGAGAUGGUGGAUUAUCUUAUCUACGUCGAUUUUAUUUCUUAACGAGAUUAAACGUAUCCAACAUUCCAUUGCUUCUAAAUGAACAAAUAGCAUAGUCUCAACUUACAUGAGCAAUGCGAAAUCUCAACUCCAAAAUGAAAAAUUCCCUGAAUAAAUAAUGCAUAACAUCGAUCUCACAAUAAAAACAAAUGAAAGGGCCGAAAUAUUGUGGCAAUCUCGAGAAGGAUGGUCGUUUUUCUAGUCAUGGCUUAAUUGACUUUUCGUUACGACACUACACAGUGUAGAUUUU